AUGAGCAAAACGAUAUCUAUCAGCUCUCCGGAGCAGCUCGGCACCAUUUUCCGCUCGACCCCAAUCGUCGUUGUAAACGUAUUCUCCGAGUCGUCAGAGCUCAGCGGGCUGCUCUCCACCGUCUACGAGGACCUCUCCAACGCCCUGUCCCGCGCCGGCAAGAUUUCCUUCGUCAAAAUCGACCACGACAAGAACGGCGAGCUCGUCAAGAGCCAUGGCGUCAACAAGGCUCCCUGCUUCCUCAUCUUCCGCGACGGCAGGCUCAAGGACAAGGCAUACGGCUCGAACAAACUUGGGCUGCAAAAUUUCGCCAAGGGCAUCGCCGACGAAGCAGAGUCCCUCGAGUCCAGCGCCAGCAGCGCCACCGCGUCUGGCUGGAGAGGGGCAGAGCCGCCUCGGGGCUACACCGACAUCACGGACCAAGUCGAUUCCAGGAACUGCGAGGUCCUGAACGCCGAUGAAGAGGCCGGAAAGGUUCACGUCUUGUUUGAUACUGCAAAGCCCAGCGCCCUCGACAAGGGCAAAAGCACCGCCGGCGCAGGCAAGGAUUGGGUGCAGAGCGGUUCCGACGACCAGUUACUCCUCUAUAUCCCAUUUCAGGCUACUACCAAGCUACACACUAUCCAAUUGACCUCAUUGCCCUCGGCCGAAGACAAAGGAGAGGUUUCGAGACCGCGCGCUAUUCACCUCUUCACUAACCGGUCACAAAAUAUGGACUUUGGCGAAGCCGACGAUGCUGUGCCGAUCCAGGUCAUCGAUCUCGGCCCCGGCGACUGGAACAAGGACGGAACCGCGAGCGUUUCCUUGCGCUUCGUCAAGUUCCAAAACAUUUCGAGUGUCAUUGUAUACGUGCAGGCGGGCGACGAGGAGGCAAGAACUGUCCGCUUGGACAGGGUAAGGCUAAUCGGUGAAGCCGGCGCAAAGCGGGAAAUGGGAACCUUGCAGAAGAUUGGGGAGGACGAAUAA